AUGGCACUCCCAUUACCGGGCUCGCCAGGCACAUCAUGGAGCACGUUCCGAGAACGAUUCAGGCAAACGUUCAACGGCGCUGAUCCCAGGGUAUGCAUUGCCUUCUGGCUGUUUGGCCUGAUCAACAACGUGCUUUAUGUUAUCAUCCUAUCUGCAGCCCUCGAUCUAGUCGGUCCAUCCGUUCCCAAAGGCGUGGUACUCCUCGCAGACGUUAUACCUUCUUUCUUCACGAAGCUAUGUGCUCCGUACUUCAUUCAUGCUAUACCAUACGCUGCUCGGGUCAUCAUAUUCGUGGCUCUAUCAGCAAUGGGAAUGCUUUUGAUAGCCCUGACCCCAAGUUACACGGAUGGUGGCACAAUCUCAACGAAAUUGGCAGGCGUCAUACUUGCUUCACUGAGUAGUGGAGGAGGAGAGCUCAGUUUCUUGGGACUAGUCCACUACUACGGUCCUUUCAGUCUGGCAGCCUGGGGUAGUGGCACCGGAGGUGCAGGCCUGAUCGGUGCGGGUGCAUACGCCCUUGCUACCACAAACCUGGGCUUCAGUGUGCGAUCCACGAUUCUCGCCUCUGCAUGCUUGCCAGUUGUCAUGCUGAUCAGCUUCUUCCUAAUCCUACCACGAGGACCCUUGACGACCGGGCUAUUCAUAAAUCCGACAGGAACGUCCGACGAUGACCUUGACCAUGAGCAGCGCGAGGGGCUUCUCUCUUCAACGUCUUCUCUCAACACCGUCUCCUCAUCUACAUCCGGCAAGAGCUCAGCGUGGCGGCGGUUCAAGGCCAAUCUCGCCCGGUCACGCAGCCUCUUUGUGCCAUUCAUGCUCCCGUUGUUGCUUGUGUAUAUCGCUGAGUACACCAUCAAUCAGGGCGUGGCCCCCACUCUACUAUUUCCGCUUGAGGAGUCUCCGUUCAAGCACUAUCGAUCCUUCUACCCGACCUACAACUUUCUCUAUCAGACUGGCGUUUUCAUCUCCCGAAGCAGCACGCCCUUCUUCCGAAUCCACAAACUCUAUCCGCCCAGCUUUCUGCAAUGCGUGAACUUGGUCUUGUUGUUCGUCCACGCCAUGUACCCGUUCCUACCGUCCUACUAUGUUGUUUGCAUCGUGAUAUUUUGGGAGGGCCUUCUCGGUGGCUUGGUAUAUGUCAAUACAUUUGCCGAGAUCUCAGACACUGUACCAAAGGAGGACCGAGAAUUCUCGCUCUCGGCCACGACUGUUAGCGACUCGGCCGGAAUCUGCAUCGCAGGCUUCAUCAGUAUGGGCGUGGAAGUCUGGUUGUGCCAUUGGCAGGUCUCGAGAGGACGGGAUUGGUGUACCAGGUUAUAG